UGUUUAUGGUUGCUUAGCAACUUCCAAACGCCGUGGGAAGAAGAGACCUGCAACCAUAGACGUGCUAUGCCUGCUAUAGCUACUAUAACUAUAGCUACCCGACGAGGACACUCUACUUUCCAGUAGACAAGUAGAAUUUCAAUCUACUAUGAGUAUUUUCGUACUUUGUUUGAAACUUUCAGGUCGUCAGCUUUUCUCAGAAGACUUCUUAGAAGCUACACCGGGACGUUGUGAACUGUAGCCGCUAGCUAACGUUAGCCGGCACUGCAGAGCUUGGCUAACUGUCUGCUCCAACUCAGCUUUAUCUACGUGAUGAAUUUAAGCAGAAUUUAACAUUUUCCUUGCUUAUAGCUGUUAUAUUGUACAAGCCAACUGGUGUGGAGUGAAUGUUGAGACAUGGGGUCAGAGUCAGUGAAGGUGGUGGUCAGGUGCAGGCCCCUGAAUGACAGGGAGAAGGCUCUGGGCUCUAAGAUGGUGCUUUCAAUGGACCUGGACAGGUGUCAGUGCUUCCUACUGAAGACUGGGGCAGUGGACGAGCCGCCCAAACAGUUCACCUUUGAUGGGACCUACUUCAUUGAUCAAACCACUGAGCAGAUGUACAAUGAGAUUGCCUAUCCUUUGGUUGAGGGUGUCACUGAGGGAUACAAUGGCACAAUCUUUGCCUAUGGACAGACUGGAAGUGGAAAGUCUUUCACCAUGCAGGGAGUGCAUGAUCCUGCAGCCCAGAGGGGGGUCAUUCCACGAGCCUUUGAGCACAUCUUUGAGAGUAUUCAGUGUGCAGAAAAUACAAAAUUCCUGGUGAGGGCCUCCUACUUGGAGAUUUACAAUGAAGAAAUCCGAGACCUUUUGGGAAAUGACACUAAACAGAGAUUGGAGCUGAAAGAGCAUCCAGAGCGUGGGGUGUACGUGCGGGACCUCUCCAUGCACACUGUGCACAGUGUGGAGGAGUGUGAGAGAAUUGUGGAGCGAGGCUGGGGGAACCGGGCUGUGGGCUACACGCUGAUGAACAAGGACUCCUCCCGCUCCCACUCCAUCUUCACCAUCCACUUGGAGAUCUGCAACACAGACGCAGCGGGCCAGGAUCACCUACGGGCAGGUAAACUCAACCUUGUUGACCUGGCGGGAAGCGAGCGUCAGUCAAAAACCGGUGCUACAGGUGAGCGCCUCCGCGAGGCCACCAAGAUCAACCUCUCCCUCUCGGCCCUGGGGAACGUCAUCUCCGCCCUGGUGGACGGACGCUCCAAACACAUCCCCUACCGGGACUCCAAGCUGACCAGACUGCUGCAGGACUCUCUGGGAGGAAACAUGCGCACCUUGAUGAUCGCCUGUCUCUCCCCCGCCGACAACAACUAUGAGGAAAGUCUCAGCACGAUGCGCUACGCCAACCGGGCCAAGAGCAUCCAGAACAGGCCUCGAAUCAAUGAGGACCCAAAGGAUGCUCUGCUCCGAGAGUAUCAGGAGGAGAUCAAGAAGUUGCGGACCCUCAUCUCAGGCCAGCUUGGCACUGCUAACCUUGAGUCUCUGCUGGCUGGUCAGUUGUCUGAGGCGUCUCCUGCUGUUCCUUCGAGGCCACCAUCCAGCACCACACAAGCAGAGAAGGAGAAGAUAAAAGAGGAGUACGAAGAGAGGCUGGCCAAGUUGCAGGCUGAGUACAAUGCAGAGCAGGAAUCCAAAGCCAAGCUGCAGGAGGACAUCACUGCCCUGCGUUCCUCCUAUGAAUCCAAGCUGUCUGCUCUGGAAAAGGCUCGAGCCAGCAGGGGGAGCUCUGUCCCAAAGAAUGACAACAGAAAAUCAUUUGGCGCCAACAAAGAACAAUUGAGCUCCAGCUGUAAGAUGACAGACCUUGCUGAGGAACAGCUCUGCAACAACACAGAUCCCAUGUGCCACAUUACAUCUGGAGAAAGUUCCCUGGCCAAGCCUGAUGAACCUGGUGCUGCAAUCGGUGACCCAAAAGGUCCAGAUGGGGACAGGCUCAUAGCCUCGCCUGACAUCACUGCGGGGCCUCUGGACCAGCAACACGUCCUGGAAAGACUGCAGCAGCUGGAACAGGAGGUGGUAGGGGGGGAGCAGGCCAGGAACAAAGAGUUACGCCAGAGGCAGAGGCAGAGGAAGAACCUUGCUGACCAGAGAGUCCAGCUUAUCUGCACUUUGUCAGAGAACAGUGAGGACAGUGAAAAUGUGCUGUUGAAAGUCUACAACUCCAUCCAAGAAGAAGUUCAUGCCAAAAGCCAAAUGCUGGACAAGGUCCAGGGCAAGCUGAAAGCAGCCAAACUGGAGAUCCGUGACCUGCAGGCCGAGUUCGAGGUGGAGAGAGAUGACUACCUGGCAACGAUCCGGCGGAUGGAAAGGGAUCGCCUGUUACUGCACAGCCUGCUGGAGCGUACGGUGUCCCUGGUGCGGCGUGACUGCAACUACAGCAACCUGGACCGCUUGAAGAAAGAAUCUGUCUGGGACGAGGACAGCGCCAGCUGGAGGCUGCCGGACGUCAUGGUGCAGAAAACAACACUGCCUUCAGCUGUGACUCCGAAAUUUUCAGCUGGCAGAGGUUCAGCUGCUGAUACCGGAGAGCCAUUCAUGCAGGUGGAGGAGGACAGGUACAAGGAGAUGCUUGACCGUAGUGACAGUGAGAACAUCGCCAGCAGCUACUUCAAGUCAAAGAGAGCGAACCAACUGCUGGGAUGGGAAGCUACCAAGGGACACAGCAUCCACUCUCCUGCUGUGGUUAACGGGGCGGCCCACCACACUGUGACUGGUUCCACCAUGAACCCCCCUGUCAGCUCCGACUCCGUCCUGCCACGCCCCUUCCGCCUGGAGUCGUUGGGUGUCCCAAUGUCGAAUGGUAAGAUAAGGCGCAAAAAAAGCAAAUCUCACAUCCACAAUGAGGGGAUAUGAAAAGACUGUUCCCACGCCCUGCAAUACUUAAACAUAUCACUGUCCUCUGUUUUUUUUUUAACCAAUAUGUUAUAUACACUGUGAUUGAUCGCAGACAGUAUUCAAUUAUUUUAAUGGAAUUUCUGAUAACCCCUGCUAUUCAGAAAUAUACACAGCAGCCAUGUUUUGUGGACAUUACGAGUCCAGUUGUGACAUGUGUUUUAAAUCCCAUUUUGAAUUUUUAUUUUAAACAAA